GUGAGUGAGAGAGAGAGAGCGAGAGCCUUCCACGAUCCAAUAGACCAAACGCAAUGGCUGAGACGACUGCCCCCGCUGCCGAUGCUGGCCUCGACUACGUGAAGAGCCUGAUCACCUCCCACGAGAACUUCCCCAUUCCCGGCGUUCUUUUCCAAGAUGCCUUUCCCAUCUUCCGGGAUCCCGUGGCCAUGGACAUUGUCUUGAACCGCAUGCUCGGCCUGAUCACGCGCACCAGCCCCAAGAUCGACGCCAUCGUUGGCCUGGAUGCCCGUGGCUUUCUCCUGGGCCCCCUCCUGAGCACCCACCUCCAUUGUUCUUUUGUGCCUAUUCGCAAGCAAGGAAAGCUGCCUGGCAAGUGUGAGUCGGUGACCUAUGAGAAGGAGUACGGCACUGACGUGUUUGAGAUUCAGAUGGACGCGCUCAAGCCCGGAGAUAAGGUGGUCUUUGUGGACGAUCUCAUUGCUACGGGUGGCACCUUGCGCGCCGCCACCGAGCUCGUCCGCAAGGUUGGCGCCGAGCCCUUGCUGGCAACCUGCAUCGUCGGUCUGCCUGCACUCGAAGGAGCGACCAAAGUGGGCAUCCCCGUCCAUGCCCUCGUUCCUCUUCCCUCGGGCUGCUAGAGCACAACUUGAUUUUACUUGCCUCUUGGGAGCGUGGUCAGCUUUGUGCACGAGUCGCGCACACACGGCUUCAAUUCCCAUUCCAGUUCCAGUACCCACGCACCCAUUCCAAAAGGGCUGGUUGGCCCAUAGAUUGUCCUCUUUGUUGACUUUUUUUUUUUUUUUUCCCGGAUCAUCUGCUUUCAGUCAUGCACCAUCCUGUUUGAGUUGAUGUUCCAGCUGCACCUCAAC